GUGUACUAGGUCAAUGACAUGGCAGGGGUCUCAGAGUUGAGGAAAAGCCUUGGUUUAGGCGAGGAGCCCGAGAUGACUCCACCGCCCGGGCUUCAGGUUCCAAUAGAACAGAUAUGGGAAAAUAUGCUUAACCAGCUAAAAGAGUUAUCGUCCGCUACCGUUGAGAAGAAUGUACAACUAACACGCCGUGUGAGCCAAUUGGAGGAAGAACUAUCGGUAUGGAAGCAGGCACGGUCUGUCACCAUCAACAAUGCAGAAAAAACGAAACAGCAAUAUGAAGAUGAAAGGGCAGCGUUGCAAAAGCGUAUCAAUAUCCUCGAAUCAAUGCAGAAUUCUAUGGUGCUUUGCGUACUCGACGGAGACGGGAAUAUCUUUGCCAAUCACCUCUUAGCAGCGGGGCUCGAAGGCGGCAGGGAGGCUGCAAGGAGCUUGACAGGUGGCAUAUGGGAUUACAUGAAGGCUCAGGGUUAUGAAGGACAACCACGCUUUACGUUUUGGUUGUCGAUUUAUUUUAAUAGGAAGGGAUUGCAAGAGACGCUUGUCAGGAACAACGUCUGCACAGUCGACCAAUUCGACGCAUUCCUUGUUGGAUUUAGCCAGGCAUCUCCACGGUUCAAUCUCAUCGAUGUAGGGUAUGGAAAAGAGGCUGCCGACGCGAAAAUUAAAGAAUAUUUACAAACGUACACCCGCUUCCCUCAGACACUCAAAGUCUUUUUCGGUGGUGGACAUGAUAACGGAUAUCUUCCGACCCUAUCAGCGCUAGAGAACGAACGGUUCUUAGACAAGAUUAUUCUCCUGAAAGGUUACCGCGACGUAGCAACCGAGUUGAGGGCUCUAAACAUGCAAACCCUUUCUCUCGAGGAUUUGUUUAGGAACGUUAAACUUAACGGCCCUUCGAAUUCCAAUCAUCAGCGUGCAGUCGUUUCGCCAGCACCGUCCGAGGCUUAUAGGCCCCUUAUCUCUUCUCCAGUGAAAACUUAUGUCCCUCCACCGAUUAUUGAUUCAUUGAAUCGUAAUAAUGACGGACCAUCUGUUCAGAAACAGAUACUGAUUGACUCUAACUUGCCUUUAUCAAAGCAGAAACCACCUCCAUGUAACGAGUAUUAUCUUCUUAAGAGGUGUCCUAGAGGGGAAACUUGCAAAUACGGUCACUCAUACGCCCUCACUGGCGAAAUGAUAGCUGAACUCGCAAGACAGGCUAAGAAAGCGCUUCCGCACAUAAUAUUAUGGAGACAAACGGUAGCUCUAUGCAUUCUCCCGUCGAAAUUAGUCCGGGACUUCCAACCGAUACAAAUGACUCCAUUUUCGGCCGUUUUAGUAUGUUGAACUUGAAUGGCAAUUAAACAUGAUGAUUCUUUGAGUAAUUGAUCCCGUAAAUACACAUAUGUUAACACUCCUCCAGAAUCCCUGAACGCCAGAUAGCCUUGUAAUUGUUAGCGUAUUAUAUCUUGUACU